AGUAUUUUCCAAGGUUUAUCUUAAAAUCAUUUUGGUAAGUAAUUUUGCCACAUCCAUAAACAAAGCCAAAAUCGUCGUGGCAGUGUUUGGAUCAUCCAAAAUUAAUAUCCGCCAUCUCCCAAAGUUGCGGUGGUAGCAGCCAUGUUUAAACCUUCAAAAACCACUGCACUUCUGCCGGAAAAUCGUUGCUGAGCUAUGGCUACGGCGGCGCAAUUCUCCUAUAUUACCGUCAAUUCACCCAACUUCUAUCCUAGCGCUAAUAAACGGUUCGCAUUUUCCCGCCAAUUGAAAGAUGGUGCGAAAUUCUAUACUGAUGUCACCAGCUCCAGACGUAAACUCAAAUUGCUCUCUGUAGUUUGUAGCAAUUCGAGUCCUUCUUCUGAUAGUAUAAGUUCCACAGCCAAGAUAAGAAGUGAAGUUCUUACUCCCUUUCGGUCUGUUCGGAUGUUCUUCUAUCUCGCUUUCAUUGCAAGUGGUGGUCUUGGAGGACUUAUUGCCUCUACACGACUAAUUGCGGCAUUGGCCAAUUCAUCAAGAGCAGCUGAAGUUCCUGAGAUCCUAAAAGGCCUUGGCAUAGACCUCGGCGCAGUCUCUGUAUUUGCUUUUCUGUAUUAUAGGGAGAAUAGAGCAAAGAAUGCUCAGGUGGCAAGAUUAGUAAGAGAAGAAAAUCUUGCAAAUCUUAAGCUUCGUGUGGAUGAGAAGAAAAUCGUUCCCCUGAGUGCUUUCAGAGGAAUUGCUCGUUUGGUCAUCCUUGCUGGCCCUUCGGCUUUCAUUUCAGAAUGUUUCAGACUCAGCGAACCAUUUACCGAUGGCCUUCUUGAAAGAGGGGUGCUUGUGGUCCCUUUUGCAACUGAUGGAAUUUCUCCUAGUUUUGAGUUUGAAGAGAAUGAAGAACUUGAGGAGAAGAUAUCCAGAAGAAAAAGGCUGUGGCAGCUUGCUCCUCUUUAUGCCACUGAGUGGACCAAGUGGAUAGAUGAACAAAAGAAACUAGCCAACGUCUCUCCUGAAUCUCCAGUGUAUUUAUCUUUACGCCUGGAUGGCCGUGUGCGUGGCAGCGGUGUUGGUUAUCCUCCUUGGAAUGCUUUUGUAAUGCAAUUGCCACCAGUAAAGGGAAUUUGGUCUGGUCUUCUUGAUGGCAUGGAUGGAAGAGUUCUUUAAGUUAUGAGAUCAGAUAUUCUCUUCUUUUCCGUUUUUAUUUACUGAAGAAUUAGAUUAAAUAAUGUUGACAAUAUAGUUUUUUUCCCUCUCAAAUUCAUCAUUAUAGUAUUCACCAAUCUUUCAUUUGCUUUAGUUUA